UGUCGCCUAACGCCAUCGUCCCCCCCCACGCUCUUUUUUCUCCCCGAUUUUCCCUUCAUUUUCGUCGCGGUCGCGCACCCUUGUUUCGCCCGACCGUUGCAAAUGAAGUCCAACUCGUUGUCGAUCCUUUUGAUUUGCGCGCUCUCCUCGGCCGCGCUUCGCAUCCCAUUUCGGCAGUCGAAAACAGCCGUACAGCGCAGAAGCUUUGGGACACCCACCAAGGCUACCGUCAAUGCUGCCAAUGAUGGGGAUGGUGACACCGACAUCAGCACGGUUGAUGGAUUAAUGUUAUACAUGGCAAAUAUGACUGUUGCUGGCACGGAGUACCUUGUUCAGCUCGACACAGGAUCAUCCGAUCUGUGGGUAAAGGAUGCAUCCUUUCCUAUGUCAAAUGCGUCGCAAACCUCUCUGCAACUAAACUUGACUUAUGGAAUUGGCUGGGCAUUCGGUAACAUUACCACAGCAGAAGUAGAAUUUGCUGGUGUCACGUUCCCUAAGCAAGCUUUCCUUGACGUUUCCUCUGCCAAUAAUCCCGCCUUAUCUUACGGUGCCGAAGGAGUUCUUGGUCUCGGAUUCACUUCACUCUCCAACAUCGACAGCAAGGUGAAUGCUAGCGGCGGGGAUUGGGGUCGUAGUCUUCUUUAUAACGCAUUCCUUGACAAACCCGAGGAGAAAAACUAUAUCACUUUCGCCUUGCAGCGAAGCACGACGAACUCGAACUCAAAUGACGAUGUAGAGGGAGCCUUUACGAUCGGUGAAUUGGACCCUAAGUACACCGCAAUUGAAAACUCAAAUGCCUUGUCGACCUGGCCUGUCGUACAUCCGAGCCGAUGGACGAUCCUCCUUGACACUGUCCUUGUGGGAACAAACACCGUUUCUGUUUCGAGUAAUGUGUCUGGUGCUCCAUCAGGCAAAGCUGUCGUCUUAUUGGAUAGUGGAACCUCGUACUCGUAUUGUCCGACCGACAUCGCCGAAGCCAUCUAUGGAGGUGUGAAUGGUGCAAAGUACGAUCCAACCCAAGGCAUGUGGACUGUACCAUGUGAUGCAGAAAUCGACAUGGCUCUGCAGUUCGGCGGCAAUGUCUUCCCAUUGCAUCCCCUUGAUGUUGUAGUUCCGAGCUCACCUUCAUCGAAGGACUGCAUCGGCUCCUUUAUUCCUCAGGAACUCGCUAUUGGGAGCGGUCAAUUCGAUUGGAUCCUAGGGGACAACUUCCUUCGUUCUGUUUAUACGAUGUAUGACCUUGGUGACUUUGACUCAAACGGUAACAUGGGAAAUCCGUACAUCAAGCUUCUAAACCUCACCGACCCGAACGAGGCUUCAUCCGAAUUUGUGGGAGUCCGAGGAGGCACCGCACGCACGAAUAUCACGUACAACGCCGCAGAUGGUGGUUCUUCAUCUGGCUCAACGAGCAUCUCCAUUGCAGGGACAACUGCUGACAAACUCAACAAGCUAGUAGACUAUAUCCCAGCUGUGCUCGCUAUUCUAGCUCUCAACGCGCUUGCGUUACUCAUUAUUUCGGCUGUCGGACUCAUCUUCCUCUGCCGUCGCCGCCGUCGUAGGAACUCCAGAAAGGAACGAGGAUUGCAUGCACUCGACGUACGAGCACCGACGCCCUUCCCAGGAUCAGCAGCGGCAAGUGGUUCAGGCUCGAGUGAUGGGCACAAGUACGAGCGUGUUUCCAGUCACAUGCCUGUUGGAGAGCAAGAGCCAGAGGACAUGCCAUUUACGCCGCCCGAACCUGCGUUCCAUUCUUACGAAGGUGACACGCUCCGCCCGCUUCCUCCAGGUGCGCGUCCAAGAUCGACCUUUGGAGGGUCCGGUUUACCACGAGACUACCGAGUCAGCGCGGCUGGUUCGGACGUCACUGCGUUUGUCCCACCUGAGCCUCCGUUUAAAAUGGGAGACAGACCCAAGUCGAUCGCCUAGAUGACUGUUCCCAUUCUGUCGUUUUCAAUGUUCUAUACGUGUUCCUCCUAUCUCACCUGCUCCCCUUACGGUCGGACUUUGCGAUGCGAAAGAUAUAAUUCCCCGGAAUUCCCCACCUCUCCAUCUUUUCCUCUGCCUCCCCUCUCUAUGUGAACGCCUUGUAAUUCUUCAUGAGCUCUUGUACCUAGCGUACUUGCACUUUUGGAAUAGCCUCGGACCUCGCUUUACUUGAUGUACAUGCAUUCCAUUCCUUUUAUUUUGCCUUCGUUUUCUUUCUUGUUCACCUAUUUUUGGGAACGGGGCUCGUUUGUUUCGACCUUUACAUACGGACGGUCUUUUGGUACCUGCAUAGUACUACAUUGUGCGUUGCAUGUCAUUUUAUUAUGUAUGGUCUCUAAAUAUACGUAUGCCAUGUCAUGC